GUAUAACUCGAUAUACAGUAGGCGGUCUGGUAAACCUGCACCUCAACUGACUCUGAUGUUGUGACUUCAACCGGAUCACAGUCCCGUAGAGCCGCUAGAAUGCCAUCAUCCAUAUCACGUUUCACCGGCCUCAUGCAGCUCGUACCGCAGCUUCGGACAAUUUACGAGCGACCCCUCUUAGCCUGAAUCCUGCUAUUUCUUGCUUCAUUGCCCAUGCUUGCACUAAGUCGUUCUUUCUCUUCAGUUUGUUCCCAGCUCCUCCUCAAGUCAUCAUCAUGAAAGACCCACCAAUCGCCUCAUCGCCAGAGAACGCUUCAGUGCUUCGUCCAGACUUCUUCUGGGGUUUCGCAACAGCUGCUGCACAGGUUGAAGGAGCAUGGGAUGCCGAUGGCAAGGGUCACUCCAUCUGGGAUAACUUCUCACGCAUCCCUGGCAAGAUCAUUGAUGGCAGUACCAAUGCCGAUGCUACUCGCGCUUAUGACUUGUACAAAGAAGACGUCCAGCUACUUAAAAAGCUCCGUGUCAACUCUUACCGCUUCAGUCUUGCUUGGAGCCGAAUCAUUCCUCUAGGCGGCAAAGAUGAUCCUGUCAACGAUGCUGGCCUCCAAUACUACAGCAAUCUCGUUGACGAGCUACUGGCGAACAAUAUCACCCCCUUUGUCACUCUUUUUCAUUGGGACACCCCUCAAGCACUCGAAGAUCGUUACGGUGGUAUGCUAGAUCAAGCUCGCUAUACACCAGACUUCGAGAGGUAUGCAAGAGUUUGCUUCGCUGCUCUAGGCGACCGCGUCAAGCAUUGGAUAACGUACAACGAACCGGGCGUCUACACACUCGCAGGAUACGCUGCAGGAGUCCACGCUCCAGGCCGCUCGUCUCUGCCUGGGCGCAAUGACCCUGGUGACAGCAGUACCGAGCCAUUCAUUGUUGCGCAUACCGAGCUUGUCAGCCACGCUCACGCAGUCAAGAUCUACCGAGAAGAGUUCAAGCCGAAACAGAAAGGCGUUAUAGGCAUCACCCUGCACGGCAACUACAGUGCACCCUGGGACGAGAACGACCCCAAAGAUGUCGAAGCCGCCGAACGUGCGCUCCAAUUCGAGAUCGCCUGGUUCGCCGACCCCGUCUAUGGCUCUGGCGACUACCCGCCCUGUAUGCGCAAACAGCUAGGCGAUCGUCUCCCAUAUUUCACGGAUGAAGAAAAAGCACUCGUCAAAGGUUCCUCAGACUUCUACGGCAUGAACAGUUACACAACCUUCUACGUCCGCCAUCGUGACGAAGCUGCCGAUAUCAACGACCACAAGGGCAACAUCACCUCCCACGAUACCAAUAAAGCCGGUAUAUCUCGCGGUGCAGAGAGUGCUACCCCCUGGCUCCGCAGCAACCCGGGCGGAUUCCUCGCCCUUCUGCAUUGGAUAUGGAACCGCUACCGAACCCCCAUCUACAUUACCGAAAACGGCACCACCGCAAAAGGCGAAGAUGAUUGGGAUCCCUCAUCAGGUUUCUGGCUCGACGACACAUUCCGUCAAGACUUUUUCGAAGGAUACGUGGGCGCUGUAGCCGAUGCUGUGAGAAGUGGCGUAGAUAUCAGAAGUUACUUCGCCUGGACAUUCACCGAUAAUUGGGAGUGGGCUGCUGGCUUUACCGAUCGCUUCGGUGGUUCUUGGGUGGACUACAACAGUCCUGAGAAGACGAGAUAUCCAAAGAAAUCAGCAUUUGAGCUGGGUAGGAUUUUCGAUCAUCUUAUUGAGAAAUAGUCCCGAUUUUUUAUCGCGGAAGUCAUAUUUUUCAUAUUCUCGUUUUUCUUGUUCUAAUCUAUAUCGUUUUGAUGCUUGAUAUGGUUCCAAGGAUGACUCUCGUGAGACACAACUGAUACUUGAGCUCCAUAACCUUCGACAUCCUAUUCACUGUCAUCAUCCCAGACUAUUGUGUAGCAACUGGUCUAAUUCCCGAUAGACGACUGUUCAUCCUGCGGAUAUGGUGGAAGAUAAAGGAAAUCGGAAGAAGAUCGAGAGGCCAUUUUGUAGAGGGAGGAAGCGGUGAAAAGGUGUGAUGUUUCAAGAAUGCUUUGGUAUAGGUCAAAGAUUUGCUUGUAGAUGUGACGAAUGAGGAAAUCAACAGAAAUGUGG